UCAAACUUAAUUGAUUCUUCUAAUGUGUGUUUUCCGUUUUCAGAAUUGAAGCUGUUCCGGCUUGCAAUCUAUGGAUCUCCAGUGGAAUUGAAAAAGAUGAUCACAACAGAGAAGUUUGAUGUGAACAUGAGACAUCCACUUGGCUGGACAUUGCUACAUGUGGCAGCCAUCAAUGGAAAGAAUAACAACGUGAAAGCUCUGCUAGAACUAGGGGCCGAUCCCAAUCUUGGAGACGAAUACAUCAAUAUGUAUCGGACUUCACAACAGAAGCACAUGCAUGCUCUGGAAGUUCUGACGAGACGCGAGGACGAGUUCUCGAACCAGCUGAACAACCGGUCGAGCGCUUCGUUUGAGGGCUUCACGGCGCUGCACUACGCCGUGCUGGUCGAUGACUACAAGUCGGUGCAGCUGCUGCUUGCUGCCGGCUGCAACCCCAACACCAAGAGCAGGUCGGGUCAUGCAGCCCUGGAGUUUGCGGCCGACGCCGGUCCUGUCAGGGAGAUGCUCAACAAGGCUAUGGCUGAGUAUGAAGAGAUUCAAAUGCAGAAAGAAAGAGAGGAAAGACGCCUGUUCCCGAUUGAACAGCGACUCAAACAGCAUAUCGUCGGUCAAGAAGGGGCCAUCACCAUUGUAUCGGCUGCUAUCAGACGGAAAGAGAACGGUUGGGCCGAUGACGAGCAUCCUCUUGUCUUUCUCUUUCUCGGCUCAUCGGGCAUUGGAAAGACAGAGCUAGCCAAACAAGUGGCGUCUUAUAUUCAUAAAAAUAAGGCAGACUGCUUCAUUCGUCUGGAUAUGUCUGAAUAUCAAGAGAAGCAUGAGGUGGCGAAACUGAUCGGCUCCCCUCCCGGAUAUGUGGGUCAUGAUGACGGCGGUCAGUUGACCAAGCGGCUGAAGAAAUGUCCGAACGCCGUCGUUUUGUUCGACGAAGUCGACAAAGCGCAUCCCGAUGUGCUCACUGUUCUUCUGCAGCUGUUCGAUGAGGGGCGCUUGACAGAUGGAAAGGGAAACACCAUUCAAUGCAAGGAUGCUAUUUUUGUGAUGACGUCUAACUUGGCUAGUGACGAAAUAGCUGAGCAUGCGCUGCAACUCAGGGCGGAAGCCAAGAAGAUCUCAGCACACAAUGUUUCAUCAGAUGCCGAUUAUGACGGUACCGACGCUUUCAAACAAGACGUGACAAUUUCUCGUAACUUCAAAGACAAUGUUGUGAGGCCUAUUCUGAAGCGCCAUUUUGGUAGAGAUGAGUUCCUCGGUAGGAUUAAUGAGAUGGUCUACUUCCUGCCCUUCUCCAGAUCCGAACUCAUGAAACUUGUUUCACGGGAACUCCAUUACUGGGCUGAAAAAGCUAAUGCAAAGCAUGCGAUUGAGUUGCAAUGGGACCAUCCGGUCGAGUGCCUAUUGGCCGAUGGCUAUGACGUGCAUUACGGAGCGCGCUCCAUCAAGUAUGAAGUAGAGAGGAGAGUGGUCAGUCAGCUGGCGGCCGCACAUGAACGAGGAAUCAUAGGCAGAGGAUCCUGCGUUAAAUUGGUGGUAUUAGAAGCAGAGGAUGAAGAGCCGUCGAUUCGAUUGAAAAUACGUACUCGUGAACAAGAUUAUAUCGAUAUUGAAGAACAGUACUUGGGAAUUCCUCACGACGAAUUUUAACAAAAUAGGCUCGCGAUAAUUUUUUCAAUGCAAUACAUUGAAGACGAUCAUCUCUUGAUACGUUUCGAGCUGCAUUAAUAUCGUAUUUGAGUGAAAACUCGUGAUUAACCAAAUAUUCCAAUAUGAAUUCCGCAUUACUUCAUCAUACAUUAAAACAGGUUAUCGAUUCUUUUGUCCUAGAUUAUCAAAUAUUAGACAACAGUAUUUGUUGAGUCUUGUAAAUUUCUGAAAACAAGCUGGGUAGGCCUCGAUUUCUCCGUUUGUUUUUCUAGUUAAAUAAUUGGUGAUUUGUAUGUAUAUAUAACAAGCAUGUCUCCUCUUAUCAGUUUUGAUUAAUAGAAUAAAAACGGAUGAGUAGAUCUGAAGAGUUGUAGCUUAAUCUUCUCACCAUUAUAAAUUUAUAAUGUUGAUUAUAUUUUAUAUAAUUUGUUGUAAAUUGUGAAAUAAUUCCAUUCUCUCUGUCAUUAAAUCACUGUAACUGCCAAAUAUUGUGUAACAAUAACAAACUUUAGUAGCUCCCUUGAAGUAUUGUAUUCAGUCAUCCAUGAUUUAUUAUAAGUCGUCCAAAGUAUUCAAUACUCAAGGCAUUCAAUGAUGAAGUAUAUUCAAGAAUGAUGAAUCUGGUUAUUAUUUGUUAAUUUUGUAGAUAAUUAAUCAACUUGAAGAUUCAAGAAAUAUGAUAUAUUGUUACUAAUAAAACAUUUGAGGCGAUU